AUGGUAUUGUCUUCUCAACACCCAGAAAUGGUCCUCAAAGAACAUUUCGAAUUGAAAGAGCGAUUGAAUUACAUGAAUCAGCAAAUAAAGGAGAAGAAUAAAUUAAUCUACAAUGUCGAGACAAGGCUAGAGAACUUGGAUAUAUUUGAACAGCAUCUAACAUCACUCAACCUGAGAUGCGAGUUUUUAGAUAACCAAAUACUGAAUCUAGAGAAUAAACAAAUGAAAACAACUGGUACGGAAGAUUUCAAUUCCAAAAUCGAAUGGAGAGCCACAGAAACAACAUUUGAAAACCUAAGCACAGAAUUUCAAUAUUUGAAAGACCAACUUAGUAUAGCCAACGAAUUAACUUUGACUAAAAAUAUUUCAUGUGAUGAAACAACAGUUCCCGACUCUUCUUUGGAUCAGAGUGUUUCGUUAUUCUCAGACAAUACUGAGAACAUCUCGAUCGAAGACGCUUUUCCUUCAUCAAAUAGCAAUGAUAAUUUUGCAAUUAAACGGAAGCAGCACACUCCAAAGCCCGGUAAGCAACUGCUGAAAAUGGAAAGCUUUUUAAAUUUCAAAGAUGAGAGUGUAGUGCAUAACAAUGAUAUUGACAAUGCAAUACCCCUCAAGGGAUUCAAAAUAAAUACGAUAAAUGACAAUCCACUUCAUGAAGACAGUCCCCGACAUGUGACAGACAUGGUGUCAACGAGAAGGACCAAACCAAAGCUUCGACUGUUUGAGUUGCCAAGUAUAGGGGAAGAACAUGUAUUCGAAAAAGAAACAAAAGAAAAGGAAGAAGAAGAGGAUAAAGAAGACGAGGGUAAAGAAGAAGAGGGUAAAGAAGAAGAGAAUAAAGAACAAGAGGACAAGGAACAUUGCGACAAAAAGGACAAAACAGAAACUGUAAGGGAAUCUGAUAAACACGUUACAGACAUAGUCGAAGAGUCUAACUUUAAUGAGCCAGAGUAUCAUGAACUUUCAAUUAUAUUUGACCAUAGGUCUCAUAAAAGACAUUCCUCCUUCCCCGAACUAGCUUGGAAUAUGAACAUACAUUCUCCAACCAAAGAAUCUGUGCGUCACGUUAAAUCGCACGACUUCAACCUCGGAUUCAACCUCAACAAGGUGAGUAAUCGAAUUGACACUCCCUUUGAAUGCACACAUGACUUAAAUGCUGACCAUAUAAUGUUUUCUUCUCCUGUAUUCACUAAUAUGAGUUGCUACGAUGAAUCUGAUCGGUUUGACCCAACGUUGUCAGAUGUUGAAAACAUGUAUUGUGAAAUGGAUUCUGAUGAGGAUUACGGCAAUGAGAAUGCCACACCUUUAAUAUUCAAGCAACAAUCAAGAGCCUCUUUACGACGAGCCAAAUCACAUGAGAGUAUAUUCUCCGUAAUGAGUCGUUCAACUAAUCGAUUUCCAAUGAGGGAGAAGAACUUAGAUCUAAAAGCACAAACUUUAAAAUGGUUGAAACCAAAUAACCCCACAGUAUCCUCAUCUACACAACCUUUGGCUGCCUUUAGUCAGAUAUCUACUUCUUCCAAUGCUCAUGAUAAUAUAGUCAAUAUUUUACAUUCUGGUGUUAAUACCAACACCGAAUUAACAGAAGAAAUACGGAAGAGCGGGGAGGAACAUACGUCACAGUCAUGGAUUAAUACACCAAAGAAGUUAUUUUCUUUACCAUUACCAAUUCCCAUUAGUGCAUCAAAAGGGCACUCUAAAGGAACGCAAAACAAUGAUGAACAUGAUUCAUCUUGGAUUACCAGCUUGAUUCCAAAUUCUCUAUUCACAAAUCCCGAAAUAGGGAAACCUAUAAAUCAGUCACAUUCUGGCAAAAAGUUGAAAGGAAGCGUUCAAACUUACAGGGAUUUCGGCGCUAAGACCCCAAUUUCUAAUGGUCCUUCUUCUUCACUAACAAUAGAUAAAUACGGUCGACGAAUUAUAAAGCACGGUUAUGGCUCCAAGUUUAAUGAAAACGUUGUAACCUCUAGAGUUAGUCAUACGGCUUUGAAAGAAGCGCUAGAACUCGACUUCUCCACUUAA